AUGUUAUAUCACAUGUAUUAUCAAUUAUCUUUAUUUAGUUUUGAGAUAGAAAUUUAAUUGGAAUAAAAUGAUAAUUGGGAAAUGUAGAUGAAAGAAAUUAAGGAAUUAUGGAAUGCAUUUGAAAGCAAGCUUAAACUUCCAUAAAAGCCAAAUUUUCUUCAGGUUGUCAAAAAUAGAAAUGAAUAGUGUAUUUUGGAGAUGAUGGUAAGCCUAUUAUAAGCUAUAAUACAUUCGCCAUAUUCAAGUGAAUUGGUCACUCCAAUGAUGCAACUAGAUUAAGAAACAUAAAUGGUUCUAUUAAAAUUAAUAUAAGAAGAACAAUCUUCAUUGACAUUGGAUCAAGAAUCAAAGAUUUCAGAUGAAGUGUUACGUAAAUUCGAAGAAUUGGAGUAUGAAAAUUAGAAAUUGAAUCAAGAUUUAAUGCUUUCAAAAGAAUAGUACGAGAUGGAGAAAAAAAAGAUGAAGGAAGAUAUGGAAAUAGUGCAAACAGAUAUAGAAACACGAUAAAAAACAAUAAAUUCUUUGAAUGAAGAUUUAAAUCAAAUUUAUGAAGUUACACAAACUAAUUCAGUUAGUGAAGUUUGUGAGUAUAUUCAUAAUAGAAUUGAUGACAUUAAAGGAAUGUAAUAAAUAAUAGAAACCUUAAAAAACGACCAAUAAUAAGAGAAAGAUGUGCAUGAGGAAAUAGUUAGAGAUUUGAGAAAUAAAUUGGAGGCCGGAUAUAGAAAAUACACCUAGAUGCAAAAAUUAGAAAAAUAUUGUGAACAACUUAAAACUUAAUUGUCUGAGUCUCUUCAAGAAUAAACUAAAAACAAGGAAAACUUGAAGUAAAAUUCAAAGUUGAAAGAAGAGAAUAUUGAAUUAAAUAACAAAGUUAAUUAGUUACAAUAAAAAUUAGACUCUCAAAAGUAGUUACAAAAAUAAAACUAAAAAAUCUAAAGCUAAUAGGAAUUUGAUAUUUCCAAAGCCAGAUCAGAGAAUGAGUCCUUGAGUAGAUAAUUGAAAUUGAGAGAAUAGGAAAUAUUUAAAUUGAAAUAAGAAAUAAUAGAUUUGGAACACAACAUCCACAAUAAAACAGAAUAAUCCUAAUUGGAAAACAGCUCAGUUAUGUUGCAUUCUCUUAAUGAUGGAGAAGAAAGGAGAAACUUUAGUGGAAUCUUCACUCCAAAAAGGAAUCUUGGAUUAGAAUUAUCCUAAUUAAUCACAAAAUCUAAUUAUUUGAUAGAAGGGGAUCAGAAACUCAAACUCGAUGUUCAUACAUAAACUGAUGACAAUUAUGAAUCCUUUACUCUCCUCAAGAAAUAGGAUUCUAGUUUUGAUGAAGAGAUUCUAUCAUCAUAAUUAUCUUUCUGGAAAACCUAAUGUUCUGACUUGCUAGCAGAGCGAGCAUUAUAUGAGGAGAAGCAAAACUAAUUACACAAAGAAAUGAAGGAAUUAUAAAUUAAAUUAGAAUAAUUUUUUAUUGAAUAGCAUAAAUAUGAAUAAGAAUUAUAGGAUGCUAAGGAUAAAGUUCUGAGUUUAAUAGAGGAUAACAAUGUAAUUCGAAGCUAGUUUGAGUAAUCCUUACAAAAAAUCGCUUUGUAAGACAAACAACUAGUGGAAUUUCCUUAGAUGAAAGAGUAAUUGGAGGGAGCCUUACAAAAAUUAGAAAAAACUGAGGAAUAACUUAGAAUGAAAAAGAAAAAGAAAGUGCCCAUAAAUCAAUCUUCAAGACUUAUGAGGAAUUGCUAUUAAUUAAAUAGGAAGAGCUGUAGUUGUUGGCUGCAUCGAUCUAAGAUAUAAUCAUUAAUUAUAAUGUUUCCUAAAUCUUGUGAUGAAUUAUAUCAAUGUCGUCUAUUCAAAAAAUUGUUCCUUGGUUCAUCCACUCGUUACUUCUAUGUCUUUUCUGACAGAGUGAUCGCAAAUAAAGAUUCCAAUAGAAAACGAGCAGAUCGGAUAUUUUCUAACACCAAUACCAAUAGAUUGAUUUGGAGAUAUACAAAUGAGUAGCCUUUAAAAUUAAAGGGAUUGAUUUUUGACUGUGGCGAUAUAUAAUUUGAAUAUUUCGGAGAGGAUCAAACACUUCGCGAAUUGAAAAAAAAUGUUUCUAACCUCUUUUUUUAAGCAAAAGUCUAAGAAGAAUAUAUGGCUUAAUAAGUGAUUGGAUAGGGAAAUUAUGCCUUAGUUCUUGAAUUACAACAUUUACAUUCAGAUCAAAGAUUUGCAUCCAAGUGUAUUGAUAAAAAGAAAGUAUAGGCUAUCGAAUAAGGAGAAUAAUCAGUCUAAAAUGAGAUUAAAAUCAUGAGAACAUUAAGUCCGCACAGAUCACUCAUAAAUCUCAUUGAAGUUUAUGAGGGAGACAACAAUAUAUACUUGAUAAUGGAUUUAGCUUAAGGCGGAAGUUUGUAUAAGGAAAUGAAAAAUAAAGUAAGUCUUUAUAGUAGAGAAGAAGUUCAGAAUAUCAUGUAUUAGAUUUUAUCAGGAUUACAUUAUAUACAUUCGAAACAAAUUAUGCAUAGAGAUUUAAAACCAGAAAAUAUAUUAUUUAGAGAAAAAGGGAAUCUGAAUACCUUGACUAUUGCUGAUUUCGGUCUCUCUGUAGAAAUAGAUGCCUUUCCCUACUUAUAUCCAAAAUGUGGUACUCCAGGAUUUGUGGCUCCUGAAGUUGCAAAUCUGAUUGAUAAAACCUAGCCAUACACAGCUGCUUGUGACAUUUUUUCGGCAGGUGUCAUAUUUCAUAUUUUGCUUUUGGGAGAAGGAUUGUUUGUAGGAAAUGGUCAUUAAGAGAUUUUAAGGAUGAACAAAGAAUUUUAAGUGGACUUUUCAAAACCAAAAUAUCAAUAAUUAGACUAUGAUGCAAAGGAUCUAUUAUUCAAAAUGACAGCUCAUAAUUUCUUGUAACGUUAUACUUCUGAGCAAUGUCUGUAACAUCCGUUCUUUUAAAAUAAUGGCAAGUAACAAUCAUAAUAAAAAACAACUUAAUUCAAUACUUCCUAAAUUGAAGAAAGCCCCAAUAAAGAUUCCUUUAACUAAUAUCUAUAAAAUUACAAUAGUCCUAAUUAAAAAUUAAUAAGUCAAGAUAGUAAGAAACUAUCUAUAGUUACUCGAACUCCACUUUAUGGUCCUAAAGCUGUUACUCCUUAGGUACAAAUUCAAAACGAUAUUUUGGAAGAACUAAGUCCCUUAAGUCAUUUUUCUUUGGAUUAAGAAUAAUAAGGUGAAUAAGAAUAUGAUAACCACUAAAUUGCUAAUACUAAAUGA